CACCAUGGAACCUCGGCUUGUGGGACAGUCGAACGCUAUUCGUUCUCUGCUCGUCGGAGAGGAAAGGCGGGGACUCCGCCGGCCAAUGGCGUCGCGUCGUUCGGCUCCUGCUUUGCAUUUCCAGCUCUUUCCUCGCACUCAUUUUGUAGCAAGGCCCCAUUCAGAGAACAAAAGAAAAGACUGGCGCGGGGCUGGCGAAGCUGAUUGGCCGGGAGGGAAACUGAACGUUCCAACGCUUUGCACUCCCACGCCUUUCCUUUAUGCUUCAUUCUGUUGUUAUUGUAAAGGGUGGUGUUAACCCUCUAGUUGCCGGCGCUUUUUAAUUUCCCCCCUCCCCAACCCCAGAUAGUUCAGCUUCGCUCCUCCAUUUCCGCUGCCUCUUAUCUCCCCGCCCCUUCUGUGCCCCCAAAUCAUCAGCCCCGCUUCCGAGGCGAUCUACUCAGCGACAGCAGGGGAAAAAACCAAAAAACAGGUUUGUUCCAAUGCUUUGUAACCAUUACUGAAAAUUUGCGGGAGGGCGGGUGAUGGAAAGGGGAGACGAGGCGGGGGGAGGGAAAGAAGGGGCUUUGAACCCUAGUAGAACCAGGUUUUGUUUUGUUUUAUUUUUUAAACCGUGUUGCCCCCAAAAAAGUCAUUGCAAUUACUAUAGGAGGGUGAUAAUACUAUUGAUGAUAAGUAGGACAGCUGCAAACAGUAUCUGUAAAUAUAGCGCUUUGCAGUCUCCAAGGCCCUUCACAACACCCCUGUAAGGAAGGUCUGUAUGAUUGUUCCCUUGCGUUCAGGGCCGGAUUUCGGUUUGAUGAGGCCCUCAGCGACUGAAGGUAAUGGGGCCCUUUAUAUGACCAGCUGUCCUUUGCCAACAACAAAUUGUCACUGUUUUUUGUGUUGGAAUACAUGCUAUAUAGUAAUUUAUGGACCUAAUAGGUACAACACAACACAAAACACCGUAGCUGUAUGUAGGUUUUAAUUUAUUUGUUUUUAAUCUUAUAUUUUGGAAAUGUACAUCCAGGUUUUUUUCUUUCAUUUUUGGGGGGACCCCCAAGAGAAUGGGGCCCUAAGCUACAGCUUGUUUAGCUUAUACGUAAAUCCCGCAUUGCCUGCAUUGCAGGUGGAGACCAGGGCCAAGAGGAGAGUGUCCAUCCCCUGCAAUGUUGUCAGGAUGGCACCGUAUAUACAAAGAAUAGAACAUGGGUUCCCAAAAUGGUCUGUAGGCCACCAGUGGUCCACGAGCUUCAUUCCGAUGGUCUAUGGUGUGUCCGCAUUAAAUGAUUGUAUUUAUUUUUAAUUCCAUUUUUAUUGCUUCUCCUAUUUCUCAUAUGGUAUUUUAUUGCGUCCUAAUUUCAGGUUCUGGUGCAAUAAAAUAACGCUGUAAGAAAUGAGAGAAGCAUUAACUAGCAACGGGCAUUACACCUUCCACAACAGACAGGAAAAAUAUUAAGUGGUCCCACCCAGACCCUCAACUAAUUUUCAAUAGGUCCAUAAAGUUUGGUAACCACCAUCCUAGAAUGAUGGAAUUUCCAAGGGGCUUACAGGUUGUGUAAGAUAAUUUACCAGUGGCCAGGAGCAAUUGCCUUACUCUCCAGUUUGUCAUAAGCAAAAAGGCGCUGCCAAUACCAUACAGUUCUGCAUAGGAACAAAGAUUGCUCAUAUAGGUGAAUCUUACCCUGUGUGUACCUACCUACAAGACUGUGAGGGGAAGCCAGAGGAGGGAGGUUAUUAAACAAUAUGACAUGGGGAUGACAGCAUUCCAAAUGGGGCAACCAAUCCGAUCUUAAGGAACCUAUGCAUUCAAGAAAGAACUGUGUUAGGAUAGCAAUGGGGAGCCUCUAGAUCAGGCACCCCCAACCUGCGACCCUCCAGUUGUUUUGGCCUACAACUCCCAUGAUCCCCAGCUAACAGGACCAGUGGUCAGGGAUGAUGGGAAUUGUAGUCCAAAACAUCUGGAGGGCCGAAGGUUGGGGAUGCCUGCUGUAGAUAACGUUGGACAACAACUUCCAUCCCCUCAGCCAACAUGGCCGGUGGCUGAUGAUAAUGGGAGCUGGAGAGCCAGAGGUUCCCCACACCUCUGUUUGUGUAAUAAUAAUAAUAAUAAUAAUAAUAAUAAUAAUAAUUUAUUAUUUAUUUAUACCCCGCCCAUAUGGCUGGGCUUCCCCAGCCACUCUGGGCAGCUUCCAACAAAAUAUUAAAAUAUAGUAAUGCAUCAAACAAGGAAGCAUUGGUGGUUCAGUGGUAGAAUUCUCGCCUGCCACGCGGGAGGCCCGGGUUCGAUUCCCGGCCAAUGCAACUUGACUUUUGUGGGACGCAGGUGGUGCUGUGGGUUAAACCACAGAGCCUAGGACUUGCCAAUCAGAAGGUCGGCAGUUCAAAUCCCCGCGACGGGGUGAGCUCCCGUUGCUCAGUCCCUGCUCCUGCCAACCUAGCAGUUCAAAAGCACGUCAAAGUGCAAGUAGAUAAAUAGGUACCGCUCCGGCGGGAAGGUAAACGGCGUUUCCAUGCGCUGCUCUGGUUCGCCAGAAGUGGCUUAGUCAUGCUGGCCACAUGACCCAGAAGCUGUACGUCGGCUCCCUUGGCCAAUAAAUCGAGAUGAGCGCCGCAACCCCAGAGUCAGCCACGACUGGACCUAAUGGUCAGGGGUCGCUUUACCUUUCCUUCAUGCAUCAAACAUUAAAAGCUUCCCUAAAUAGGGCUGCCUUCAGGUGUCUUCUAAAAGUCCGGUAGUUGUUUUUCUCUUUGACAUCUGGUGGGAGGGCGUUCCACAGGGCGGGUGCCACCACGGAGAAGGCCCUCUGCCUGGUUCCCUGUAACUUGGCUUCUUGCAGCAAGGGAGCCGUCUUUGGCCAUCCUGAUGUUGACCAGAGGUGAGGAUGAGGCUCCCAUCCCUUUCAUAAGGAAACCUCUGCUGGCCCAGGCCUUUGACCCACCUGGUCCAGCAUUCUGUUCCCGCAGUGGCCAACCAGGUGCCCCAAUGGGAAACCAACAAGCAGAAUCCAAGCGCCAGAGCCCUCGCCCCUCCAGUUUCCAGCAACUGGGAAGCAUGACUGUAGAGGCAGAGAGUAGCCACCCUGGCUAGUAGCCAUCGAUAGCCCUCUCCUCCUCUUGCCAUUCACACAGAGAGAAGCUGCGCUUUCUGAAAUCUUUUCUGCAUGCAGUGUAAAGCCGGGGUAGUCAGCCUGUGGCCCUCCGGAUGCUGCGGUCUCUAGCUCCCAUCACUCCUAGCGAGCCUGGCGAACGGUCAGGCACGAUGGGAUUUGUAGUCCAGCAACCUCCGUACAGGAACCCUUAGAUUUAAAGUACAGGGACCAUCUCCUUUCCCCUGCCCCUCAAAUUCUGAUACUGCAGAGGAAGGAGGCUUUGUGAUGGAACACACAGAGCAGGGGUAGGCAAACUAAGGCCCGGGGGCAGGAUCCGGCCCAAUCGCCUUCUCAAUCCCGCCUGCGGACAGUCUGGGAAUCAGCGUGUUUUUACAUGAGUAGAAUGUGUCCUUUUAUUUAAAAUGCAUCUCUGGAUUAUUUGGAGGGCAUAGGAAUUUGUUCAUUUUCUCUCUCUCCAAAAUAUAAUAAUAAUAAUAAUAAUAAUAAUAAUAAUAAUAAUAAAUUUUUUAUUUAUAUCCCGCCCUCCCCAGCUGAAGCCGGGCUCAGAGCGGCUAACAACAGUAAAAUGAUAAAACAUUCUAAAAUCAUUUCAUUAUAAAAUUAAUUCCAAUCAGAUUAAUGGCAACCAAUUGGGCUAGAGUUCUGUGGGGAUUGCCAAAGGAGGGAGUCAGGCUGUGCCCUUGCCAAAGGCCUGGUGGAACAGCUCUGUCUUGCAGGCCCUGCGGAAAGAUGUCAAGUCCCGCAGGGCCCUAGUCUCUUGGGACAGAGCGUUCCACCAGAUCGGGGCCACAGCUGAAAAAGCCCUGGCUCUGGUUGAGGCCAGCCUAACCUCUCUGUGGUCUGGGACCUUCAGGAUGUUUUUAUUUGAAGACCAUAAGGUCCUCCGUGGGACAUACCAGGAAAGGCGGUCCUGUAGGUACAAGGGUCCUAGGCCGUAUAGGGCUUUGAAGGUUAAAACCAGCACCUUAAACCUGAUCCUGUACUCCACCGGAAUAUAGUCCAUUCCUCCACAUGGUCUGAGGGACGGUGGACCGGCCCCCUGCUGAAAAAGUUUGCUGACCCCUGGCACAGAGGGACAGUUUUUCCUUACAUCAUUAGCUGGGAAAAACCCUCUCGAGCAAACAAACUCGUUUUUCCAACUGGAACUUUGACUUGUCCAUCGACAAGCUAUGCAUCCAGCCUCCGCCCACAAGAGGGCGCAGAAACAUCACUUACCGGUACAUUUGGCCUCUGUUUUGCUUUUCUGUGUUUCUAUUUCCUUUUUUUUCCCUCCCCGGGGCCCAGCUACAUUCUGGUGGGCAGCCUUUUGGCACUGAGGAUUGUGGGAUCCUUCACGCAGGUCCAAGGGAGGGACUGGGGUUCCUCCUUAUAACUGAGUACCUCUCUCUGUCCUUGCCAGAAAUCUCUGUGUCUUUGUUGCCAAAUCGGAAGCUGGUCUUUCGCCCUUCGCCCCUCGCCCCUCACCCACCCACCUUUCCCUCUCUCCUAAUUUUAAGCAUGGAUUCCACCCAGAAAGAAGCCGCCAUCUUGUGCGUGGUGCAGUCGGGCGCGCUGAUGAUGGAGUACCUGAGAGCCAGCGGAGAAGCAUCGUCCGCAGCCGCUUCCCGGCGCCGGUGGGCGUUCCUGCACUCUCUGGGGCAGCGAGGGGGCGAGGAAGACGAGGAGGAAGAGUCGGAGGAGGAGGAGGAAGAAGAGGAAGAGGAGGAAGGAGGAGAGGAAGAGGUCUUGCUGCCCCGGCAAGCCGCCAGCGCCGGGUUGCGCCGCGGUGGCCGCCUCCGUUCAGUGGAAAGGCGUUUCUGGGCCCGACCACGAAGCACCGAGUGGUGGGACCACACGGUCCUGCAGACGUGGGACGACAGCCAGUGGCUGCAGAACUUCCGCAUGCGCAAGGCGACCUUCCUGGAGCUGUGCGCCCGCCUCUCGCCCGCCCUGCAGCGCCAGAAGACGCGGAUGCGGGUGCCGCUGAGCGUGGAGAAGAGGGUGGCCAUCGCCCUGUGGAAGCUGGCCACCUCUGUCUGCUACCGCGACGUGGGGAACCAGUUUGGCGUGGGCCGGUCCACCGCUGGCUCGGUGGUGCUGGAAGUGUGCCGCGCCAUCCAGAGGGUUUUGAUGCGCGCCACGGUGACCGUGGGCGGCAGCCUGGCGGCCAUCAUGGCCGGGUUUGAGGAGAUGGGCUUCCCCAACUGCGCCGGCGUGGUGGGCACCACACACAUGCCCAUCCUGUGCCCACCGCACCAGGCAGUGGAGUACGUCAACUCCAAGGGGUACUAUUCCAUGGCCCUGCAAGCACUGGUGGACCACCAGGGCAAGUUCACCCACCUAAGUGCCGGCUGGCCGGGGAAGACGCACGAAGCGAAGAUCUUCAACAAGUCCACCUUGUUCAGCAAAGGCCAGGAAGGAACCCUCUUUGCCCUGGGCCCCACGGACAUCAACGGGGUCUCUGUGCCCAGGGUCAUCCUGGGCGGACCGGCCUACCCUCUCCUCCCAUGGCUGAUGGUGCCCUACACAGAAGACCUGGACGGCGCCAAGGAGGCCUUCAACGCCACCUUGAGCCGGUGCCAGGAGCCCUUGGAGGAGGCCUUCAGCCGGCUGAAGGGCCGUUGGCGGUGCCUGACGGGCCGCAAUGACUGCGCGGUGGAAAACCUGCCCCGCCUCAUCUCGGCCUGCUGCGUCCUGCACAACAUCUGCGAGGAGAAAGGCGAGGCCUACGAGGAGACGUGGGAGGCUGAGGCCAAGCAACUGGCUGCCACCUUUGAGCAGCCGCUUCAGAGACCAGACACCCGCAUCAAGCCGGCGGCCAGGUCCGAGAGGGUCCGAGACGCCCUCUGCGCCUACAUUGCCAGCACGGCGUAAAGGGGGAAUGUGAGAACGUUCUGGCAGCCAUUUUGAGGGGCGAAAGGAAUCUCCGCUCCUGAGGCCUACGAAGGUCUCCAUCCUUGGCCCGGCCACCUGGGACGAAGCCCGAUUGGACCCAGCUUCUGAGAAGACAUGUAUAGGGUUGCUUAGAGAGCUGAUUUUAGCAUAAAAUGUGAGAGAGGUUUGGGUGAGGUUGACUUUCCUCCCUUGAUAGCCAUGUGGGGGAAAUUAGUUUUCUGAAAGCUUGCCCACCAGGGAUGAAGUCACCGUUUGCCACCUCCUGAAAACAUUACUUGUGUGGCAAAGGUUCACCCCCAGAUGCACAGUUAACUGAUGACCAGGUUGCAUUUUAUAGGCUCUUUGUUCCUCUGGGAAAGGUGGUAAUUCCUCUGCCGCCAGAAAGGUUGGGUGAACUGGUUCUUUGGGGGUUCCUCUGUAGAAAUAGCAAACCCCAUGGAGACCAAAAUGUUGACGUCUCCAGAGAAAACAACAACCCAUGUGGUGUGGAUUUGACGUUCCAGGAGCUCAGUUUUCAGUCCCAAAUGGUGCGGGGAGCCUGUCGCGCUCCAAAUGGUCCUGGACUACAACUCCCAUCAUCCCUGACCAUCAGACACGUUGGUGGGUGGCUGAUGGGAUAUGGAGUCCAACAAUAUCUGCAGAGCUGCAGGUUCACCCUUGUGUGUAUGUGGGUCCAUUUCUGAUUCCAUGUUGUGUUGCUCAUGCAGCUGUUUUUGUGUUUCCCUCUCUUCCUCCUGGAAAGGGGAGUCCCCAGAGCUCUCGCCAAUACACUGUGUGGUAUUUUGCUCGCCUAGAGUCCCUAGCCACUCGCCCUAGGAGAGCAGGGAAAUGGAAAAUCACAAGGCUGAUGCUGUCGUCUGGGACAGGUGCGAUUCCUCCUAAAAGAGGGAGUGGACCGGGUCUGUAUCCCACAUAAACACACCUUUUCUUUUCUAGGGUCUUCCUGAAUUAGGAUUCUGUCAGAAUAGCAGCCCUUACAGGAACGUUUGCGCUUUGAUAUAUGUGUGGGUAGUUGCAGUUACGUUGUCGUUAUUAUUAUUAUUAUUAUUAUUAUUAUUAUUAAAGAUGCAAAAUGGCUUUCUGGAUUUACCGCUUCUUCUUGCAGGAAUUGUAGAGGCAGGAUACCGUUUUACCAGUUUACAAAGAGGAAGGUGGGGAUUAUUUCUGCCCCUUUUGCCACCACCCGACUUUCCCAAUCUCCCUCUCUCCAGGACAGUAGAUAAGAAACAGUCGUCAAAUCCCAUUAGCAUUAGAUUUGUAGGACUAGCUUGUCCUUUACACCCACAAGAGCUCUGGCCGUGAAUUUCUUCACUCUGCUGGCUGACACUCCCCUUCCAGGUGGGAUUAAACUGUUCCAAUUCCUGUCUCCCUUUUCCCCACAUCUGUUGUAAACAAAAUCUGACCUUUUUCCCUUAUGGGGUAUCCAAGAGCCCAUAUAGAGUCCUUACAGUGGUGCCCCGCAAGACGAAUGCCUCGCAAGACGAAAAACUCGCUAGACGAAAGGGUUUUGCGUUUUUUGAGUCGUUCCGCAAGACGAAUUUCCCUAUGGGCUUGCUUCGCAAGAUGAAACCGUCUUGCAGUUCUGCAGUUUGUUUCCUUUUUCUUUAAGCCGCUAAGCCGUUAAUAGCCGCUAAGCCGUUAAUAGCUGCUAAUAGCCGCUAAGCCACUAAUAGCCGUGCUUCGCAAGACGAAAAAACCGCAAGACGAAGAGACUCGCGGAACAGAUUAAUUUCGUCUUGCGAGGCACCACUGUACAUAGGUUCCCUAUUGGUAGGAGAGAAUAACAGAGGCCGACCAGAGAAUACUGAGAAGCAAAGCAGCUAGUAAGCCUGAUCUUUAUUAAAAUGUUGCAACAGGGUCUUCCCCCACGAUAAGAAGAAUGGAAUCCAUUAUCUCUAUCACACACACCCGCCCAGUUGAUUUAAUUCACACAGCAUGUGCCAAGUGUGCGAGAGGGAGAUGUGUGUUUGCAAAAACACACACGGCUCCUCUGUGCUAAACGCCCUACUCCAAAGCUUCACACUUAGGUGCCGACAGCUGAGAAGGUUUACCUCCCUCUGGACUAUAAGGAGGAGGGGAUCAGGAUCCGAACCCAGGACUUAACCCCCUUCCAGCCAUCACAGCUAUAUUUUCUUAGUAGGGAUUUCUCCCAGAGUGGAUCCCCUCGUGUACAAAUCCUCUGGCAACCGUCGGUCCCCUUUACCUUUGCGGGAAAGCGCAUGAUGUGCAAGUUGUU